GCCGGUGACAUGAUCUCCCUCCCGAGCUUUCGGCCCUCCACCACGGAGCUGCGGGAGCAGCUGAAGGCCGUGGAGUCCUUCGUGGCACGGCUCGGAGGAAGGCCCUGCGCUGUCACCGUGGCACGGUCUGUCACAGAUGGCUUCUGUCCCAUGCGCUGCCACUGCAUGUUGGAAGCCGGUGUGCUGGAGAUGCUUCAACGGCUCUUCGGUGAGAUGGACGUCAUGUAUGGGGACGAGCUCGAUGCAAAGGAACAACAGCCGUGA